UGGGAGCUGCUGGAUGCUCACCAUAUCUGAAAAUCUGGCCAGUUCAUUUAGAAGUAUAACCGGGAGCCAAACUCCUUUCAGAAUUUGGCGGUGUAUAAUAAAGCAAAGUCUUUGAAGACAAAUGGCUUGCAGUACUUUGGUCAAAAGACACUAUUCCGGGUACAAAAGAAUGGCCACGGGGAAUUAAUUCACGUAAUAUGGCUGCAGGAAAUUGUGUACAAGAUAAGAUCUUGACGUGAUCUUUUUGAAAAAACACGACUUCCUCAUCUAGCUGAUCUUUGCUCUAAAGUAUUCUCUUCCACAUCUGCCACCAACUGCCCUGAUGAUCAGUCAAUUAUAAAUGACUCCUAUAGCUGAUGACGUCUUCUGUCACAGUGGUAUAUUUAGAUUUAGAAGGGGACAGUUUGUUACCACUGGUAUUUAGAUUAGAGCUGUAUGAAUAAUGGAUUUUUCAAUUUGCCAGUAAUUCGGUAAGUCAUUUUGAACUGAAAAUAUCGAAAUGUUUCCAUUUGUUUGGAUUUUUUUUUCAGUAUUUUUUUUUUUUAACUGGAAACAAUCUGGUGAAGAGAACAGGAAUUUGUGGCACCUUAGAGACUAACAAAUGUAUUUGAGCAUCUGGUGAAGCUCACACGAAUUUGCCAAAUGUUUUGAUGUCACCAAAUGUGCAUUUUUCUGCCCAAGGAAAAAAAAAAGUUUUGGCAGCAAAUUUCCCCCCUUCUCUGGUUUAGGUCUCUAGGCUGGUUGCAGUGCUCGUGCGCAUUUUUUUCUGCAGCCUUGUGAUGCUGUCGUUCCUCCCGUGCUAAGAGGACUUAGGGAGAUCAUUACUCAGAUGGAACAUCCUCCAGGAAGAGGAAGUAGUGCUGAUUAACUAGCCUGGUGAGUCUACACGGUGGCCUUAGGAGCAGGGGAUGACACACAGCCUGUGCACCUGGUGAAUGUCGUUUAUUCAAUGUACAGUGUCUCAGCUGAGAUGUAAAACAAAGAACAUUGCGGUUGUUAUAGAUUCCGUUGCACUUUUCACCCGGGAGGAGGUAUUGAUUAGCUUUGAAGUCCUGCCCAAAUUUCCGCAUGUCUAAUUACACACUCUGCCUAUCUAGUCUCCAUUGGAGGGAGUGUUUCUCUUUUCCUGAUUUAAACUGCCAUGGUGUGGUGCAAUGUGACUGUUAACCAGUUGCUGGGUUCCACCUCAGAGGCAGCUGCAUUUUAGUACUAGUGGAAGGGAUCUUAUUGAAGCUCUCCAGCUCUUUAAUGCACCCACCCAUCCAUGGUCUCUAAAUAUCAGUCUUUGGAGUGCUUUGGGAGCCUUUGCGCUUUGCAAAUAUAAUUAUAAUUCUUAUGGCAUUUGCAGGGCGGGAAAUGACUCCUACACGUAUUCCCCAGCCAGCAAGGGGAUGUGUCUGUGGAAGCCAGUCCCUGAGAUGAGCUCUUCCCUGGAAUGUGAAGCACACAGUGUAGCAGCUGGGAGGAACAGGUUUGGCAAGAGGUGUAGGGUGUUCACUGCAGGAAGCUCAUUCGGCGCCACGUCUCUGCCUUCACCAACACACCUGGAUGCCCCUCAGUGCCGCGCUGGCCAGCCUGCCAGGCCCAAGAGGAUGGAGACCCUGCGAAGGAGCCUUUCCCGCUGGAAGAGGUACCACAUCAAGGUGCACCUGGCCGAUGAGGACCUGCUGAUGCCCCUCACUGUCAAGCCCACAGACAAGGUGAUGGACCUGCGGGCUCACCUGGUGCGAGAGGGCAUCACAUCCUGGAAGAAGACUUUUUACUACAACGCCAGGCAGCUUGGGGAGGAGGAGACUGUCAAGGAGGCCAAAAUCCAGAAUGGCUCCGUCCUGCUUCUCGUCAGCCACAAGAGAUAACGCCAUGCAGCGGAGCCCAGGCAACAAGAGAUGGGGCAAGUAACGAAGGCGGAAGGGAAGCUGCUGGAAGAGCGCUUGGCCCUGAUUACUGGCUCUUGGUGAGUUCCUCGUCACGCGCAGGCUCCACAGACACUUCUGUAAUCAGCUCAGAACGUUCCAGCAGAGUGUCCAGGAAUAAUUAACUCAAAGAGAGCAACACAUAACAUUUCUUCAU